UACAGGAAAUCAGAUAUUCCUUUGUGAAGCCCUUCUACCUAAGUUCACUCUCACGUAUUUGCCACAGGAUGUGAUCUUCACACUACAAAUAGAUGGCAAAGUUAGCUGUGGCUUAUGCUUCUCUUAUUAAGCAGUUAAUACAUUGAUCAUGACAGAAAAUAACUUUUCAGUGGGAAUUUGAAGGAAACUAUUGCCUGUUUUAUUUAAUGCUUUCAGAAAUUCAUGUUAAACUGUAAAGCACUGUUGCUGCCUUGGCUUGGCCAAAUUCUGUCAUCUCUAGCCAGAAAGGCUGCUACAGGGCCUGGUGUGAUAGUUCAGAUGAAUCACGAUGGCUUUAUGUCAGGCAUCAGAAAGUAAAUGGCCUAUCAGUGUUUCAUAGUGGGCAAAUAAAUCAAAACAUUUUCAAGUUCUCUUGAAGCAAUGUUCUUCUUGCAGAAGGGUAAGAGGGAAGAGAUUUCCUCUGCAGUAAAUGCAAUGAUUCCAUAUUGAUGUCUUUGGCUGCCUGUAGCUGGUUGUGAGCUGUUCUGCUGACAGCUACCUGCCUGGGGAACUCCUGUGUGCAGUGACUGAGUACUCGGUUCAGGAAGCAGUCUGACCUGCAUUGUGAGUAUGGGAAUAAUAAUAAGGAAUAAUAAUAAGGAAUUUAUUGCCAGCAGAAGUUCUGGGGCUGUGAUUUCUUUACCUUACCCUAUUGUGCUGAAUCCCACUGUGAUGAUGGUUUCUGGGUUUAGAAAUAAACCUGUGUACUUCUGAAGUGUUUCUUCUAGGCCAUCUGAAAAAUUGACUUCAUUGAAGAAAAGGAUUGGAGAAGAGAAAUUCUGUUUGCUGGCUUUCACAAGAAUGGAUGGUCAGUGAAUAAAGGAAUACAUAUGAGAUAAGGGCAGAAAGGUGCUAUCAGAAAAAUGCUGGAUGCCAUCAUCUAGAAGCUCACAGCUCCAGCCGAUAAACACUUCUGCUGUCAGUGAAGAGCCAUGAGUUCUCACCUAAGCAACAGAGCUGAGAGCCACUUUCGAGCCCCAGAGGAGCAUGAACUGGAAGCUAUGGGGAAGAAAGCCUGGGAUAAUCCUGUCUACAAUGGCUCACCCUCUGCCUCCUUGAAGAUUCGAGCUAUCUACAACCCCAAAUCAAUUCUGGAGAAUCCCUAUGAGAGCUUUGAAGAGGCGAGGGAUCCGGUGCCAUACCAGGAGGAACAGAAUGAAACCAUGGAGGGGAAGACAAAUCCUUUCCUCAAGUGCUGCUUCUACAUCUUCAGAGGCAUCCGAGGUCUGUGGGGCACUACCCUAACUGAGAACACAGCUGAAAACAGGGAACUUUAUGUGAAGACUACUCUGCGAGAGCUCCUGGUCUACAUUGUGUUCUUGGUGGACAUCUGUCUGUUGACGUAUGGUAUGACAAGUUCCAAUGCCUAUUACUACACUAAAGUGAUGUCUGAGCUGUUCCUGCAGAGCUCCUCAGACAACCGUGUCUCCUUCCAGUCCAUCGGCAGCAUGGCUGACUUCUGGGUGUAUGCACAAGGUCCUCUUCUGGAUAAUCUUUACUGGACAAAGUGGUACAACAAUGAGUCCCUCGCAGCGCACAACACUCAGUCGUACAUCUAUUAUGAGAACCUGUUACUGGGUGUCCCACGCAUGCGACAGCUGAAGGUGAAGAACAAUUCCUGUGUGGUUCAUGAUGACUUCAAAGAGGAGAUCUCAGGCUGCUAUGACGUCUACUCAGAAGACAAAGAGGAAAAAGUCUCCUUUGGACUGAUCAAUGGAACAGCGUGGAGAUACCAUUCUGAGGAAGAGCUGGGUGGCUCAUCUCACUGGGGAAGACUAACCAGUUACAGUGGGGGUGGAUACUACGUAGACCUCAAGUUGACCAGAGAAGAGAGUGCUGAAGCCCUGCAAGUCUUGAAGGAGAAAUUAUGGUUGGAUCGGGGGACACGAGUUGUCUUCAUUGAUUUCUCAGUGUAUAAUGCAAAUAUCAAUCUGUUCUGUGUUCUGAGGUUAGUAGUUGAGUUUCCAGCCACUGGUGGUGCCAUUCCCUCCUGGCAAAUCCGGACAGUCAAGCUUAUACGAUAUGUCAGCACAUGGGAUUUUUUCAUUGUUGCCUGUGAAAUUGUUUUCUGUCUCUUCAUCUUCUACUAUGUGGUGGAGGAGAUUUUGGAGCUGCGUAUCCACAGGCUUCAGUACUUUACCAGCAUAUGGAACAUCUUGGAUGUGGUUGUCAUUCUGCUCUCCAUUGUUGCUAUUGGAUUUCACAUAUUUCGUACCAUAGAGGUGAACAGACUGUUGGGGGAGCUGCUGAAACAUCCUGAAACCUAUGCAGACUUCGAGUUCCUAGCGUUCUGGCAGACUCAGUACAAUAAUAUGAAUGCAGUCAACUUAUUCUUUGCCUGGAUCAAGAUAUUCAAGUAUAUUAGCUUUAACAAAACAAUGACUCAGCUGUCCUCCACGUUGGCACGUUGUGCCAAAGACAUCCUGGGUUUUGCCAUUAUGUUCUUUAUUGUCUUCUUUGCCUAUGCCCAGUUGGGUUACCUUCUUUUUGGGACACAAGUGGAAAACUUCAGUACCUUUGUUAAAUGCAUCUUCACCCAAUUUCGGAUCAUUCUUGGUGACUUUGACUACAAUUCCAUUGACAAUGCCAACAGGGUCCUUGGGCCUGUUUAUUUCGUCACCUACGUGUUCUUUGUUUUCUUUGUGCUCCUGAACAUGUUUCUGGCCAUCAUCAAUGAUACCUACUCAGAAGUCAAGGAGGAACUUUCAAGCCAGAAGGAUGAGCUGCAGCUCUCAGACAUCUUGAAGCAGAGCUACAACCGGACACUUAUGAGACUGAAGCUGAAAAAGGAACAGAUUUCUGAUGUGCAGAAAGCACUGCAGAAUGGAACAAAAGAGCUGGACUUUGAGGACUUCAAGAACAGCUUGAAGGAGCUGGGCCAUGCGGACCAUGAGAUCACAGCAGCCUUCUCCAGGUUUGACAAGGAUGGCAAUCUCAUCCUUGAUGAAGAAGAGCAACAGCAGAUGAAGCAUGACCUAGAGGCAAAAAGGGUUGCUCUAAAUACAGAGAUUGAAAAUUUAGGGAAAUCCUAUGGUGGCAACAACUUGGAGGAGAAUCUGUCCUACAUGGAAGCAAAGAAUAACCAUGCCAAUAAGGCCAGCUGGGUCUCCAAAGAAGAGUUCCAAGUACUCCUGCAACGUGUGCUGCAUCUGGAACAGUCCAUACACAGCAUUGGCUCCAAGAUUGAUGCAGUGGUAAGCAAGCUAGAAGUGCUGGAGAGAAACAAGCUGAAAAUGAAAGAUCUGAUGGGCAAGCCGCUGGAUAACAAUGGGAAGGAAGAAGAACCCCGUCAGGAAGAACUGCUCUCCCAGAGCCUAGACCAGCUGGGGAAGAAAGAAGCAGCAGAAGGCUGGGGAGUGGAAUGUGUACAGGGAAAUAACCCAAGCUGCGUCUCUUCUCAGAAUGGGAUCUGUCCAGUCUUGCUCAGUUUAAGUGUACCAGGGGCUCAGGCACCCAAGAACAUCCAGUCACAGUCUGAUGAGUGCUUCUAGCAAACAGCCCAGUGUUCCCAGCCCAGCUCCCACAGUACUAAGUCAGUGUCAGUUGUUUUUCCUGCUGUUAGAAUAGUCAGAACAGCUGAACUCAGGCACCACUGUUGCCAGAGACUGGUGAUGUGAAAAACUGGGGAUGCUCUUUUCCAGCAUAGUGAUAUGUGAUGUCACAGAUGUAGAACUUCUGGCCCCUGUGUCUCUGGACUAGGUAGAAAUUUGGAACCAGGUAUUGCAUUAGGUUUCUGUCUCUGGACAGGACAAGUCAAAGUGCUUUUACCUAUAUUUUCCCAAGAUGUAAAGGCCUCAGAGCUCUGGAAGUACUUGGAUUCAGAAUGGGAAAUUGCUAGUUGUUUCCCAUGAACACGUGGCUGCUCUCUCAAUUAUGAGGGAAAGUUGAGGUAAUCAUGUUAGCAAAGCAGAAUAUAAUAAUUAGUGUGAGGCCAAAAGUAGAAAAUAGUUGUGUCUAUGUGGUUAUCACCAACUUUGUUCUGUUGUAAUUUGUAUCCAGAACAUUUUGGUUACUGAAGAUUCAGAUGUUGGUUGGUUGGUUACCUUAGAUUCAGAUGUUGGAAAAAAUGGGAUGUAAACACCUCAGUCGAGAUAAUUAAAAUAAGAGUUUACUCCCAGUGUGCUAGGAGGAGAUCUGAAAUUGAAGAAGCAGCUGUUAUUGAUAUUCUGAGGUCUGAACAUCAGGGAAUAGACUACAGUGUUUCUAACACUGCUGCUGAUAUGAAAAAGGUCUUUGUUGUUUAUUUCCACACUACUUAAGACGAGUUUCAAGGUACUGGACAAAACUAAACCAUAUUUACAUAAUUAUGGAGCUUGUAAUUUUCAUGAAAACAAUUUUGCUUGCAGUUGUAGGUGCUGACACCAUUUCAGAUUAGGAAUGUUGUGAAAAAUGUGAACGUCAACUUCUCAAUCACAUGCAAGAUGCAUCUUUUACAGGCAUUUUUCACUUUGAAACUCCACUUUCCUUGUAGCUGGGGCAGGCUGCACAUGCAAGUCAACACUGCAUUUUAAUGAGUGUAUUCUGACUCAUGUCUCUGGUGAAGCUGGCUUGUUGUCCUGUGUUCCAGCUCAUUAGUUCAAUUUUGCAUGGUUUGGCUUAGAUGGUUGGACUGGAUGAUCUUAAAGGUCUUUUCCAGCCUUGGUGAUUCUGUGAUUUUUAUUACAACAAAUAGUUGUUAUGUAUUGCACACAAAUAGUUAAUAUCUUUGAGGAAUGUUUUCAAAAGAUCUUCUUGUGAAAUCAGCAGGGGUAAACGUGUAAAUAUUUACUACUUCACUGCCCUGUUUCUAACUGUUCUUUAUGUACCAAAUCUGGAGGUUGGUGGCUCUGCCUAUGGGAUGUUGGAACUAGAUGAUGCUUAGGGUCCCUUCCAAGCUGAGCCAUUCUAUUAAUAGUGAAUUUCAUCCCAGGGCUGCUGCCGAAGUUUAGCUUAGAAGUCACUUCAUUCACUGCUUAUUCACUGUGGAAAGGCAACCACUUACUGGCUGAAAAUGUCACUAGAGAGAAAAUUUUCAGGGCAGGACCACUGUAAAGGCAUUUGAAAUAUCUUGAUUGCUGUUAACUGCAAGUAGGUUCUGUAGGUUUAAAGCCAGUGGAAAUGUGAGUUGUACCAGACCACUGCUAACAACUCAGAUUAAUGCUGUGCUGUUUAGUGUGCCGUGUGAAAAACCUAGUGGGAAUGUUGAACAGUGACGUUUUGUAUUGCCACCCUUUCAAGAAAGAUGUGGUGAUAUGGUAUGGGUAAAGGUCCCCUAGAAAUGUACGAGGGACCUCAGGAUCAGUCCUGCCCUGGAUGGGCCAGGCUCUAGAGCUGUCACAGCUACAUGGUAAUGUUGACAAACUGAAGAAGAGGGUCAUUUAGUGGCAAGAUCCCAGCAGGAGCUGUGAGACACUGUCAGACAGCCCACAGGGAGCUUGGACUUCAGCUGGGAUAUGCAGGUUCUCACAGCUCUUUUUCCCAUCAGCUGCUUCUGCUGCUGGGGACAAGACUUCUCUGGGAGAUAUUGCCAUGGUUUUUGACUCAAAGUUUUAUUGAAUACAGAAUUGAGCAAGAGCUCAAUUGAGCAUAUGCGAUUUGCCUUCAGCUUUUCCAGCUGAACUCAGAACAAUGAUGUUGCUUAUUUCCCUCUACUUUCAGCACUGAAACCAUUGUCUUAUGCAGGGGAAGAUAGCUUAAAUCAGGGACCUGAGAGCUUUAAUUAAAUUUUCAUAAACAAAAAAAUCCACAUGCUAAAUUAUAAUCCAGAAAAGGAACUGUGUGCUUCUAACAGACUUGACUUGCAUGUGCAGCCCCUUAGCAAUGUGAGAACUGAAGCAAGUUAUUGCCUGCAGGUGGAAACAGUUAAUGCUCUGCAUGCCAAGAAGUACAUAAGAAAGUUCUUCCUUAAAAUCAUUUGGAAAGACCCUGUUUGAGUCUGGCUCAAUAGCAGACCAUGGUUACUGAGGGUUAUGCGCAAAAACAAAAUGACAAGCCUCUCUUUUGAAAUCCGUGGAGGGUAGAGAUGGUGGCAGAUGUGUUGCUGAAGCUCAGCUCAUCACAACAACUGCUGUAGGGUAAACAGGAUCCUGAAAUCAGGUGCUGCCCAGAGCAGGAAGGUGAGGCCUUGCUUUAUAAAGCUCUUGACCUCACACAAGGAGAGUGUUGCUUCUUUCUGUCCAGUGGAAAAGGUGGCACUGCACACCAGGAAUUAGCCUCUGUCCUGUCAUCCUUACUGCACAGUGAUGCCCUGCGUCAGGGAAAGCAGGAGAGGCAAAAGUACAGUGGUGCAGCAGCUGGGCUCAGAUCCACACAGUAGAGACAAUCAGCCACAGGCAGUUCACAGGUAACACAGCUGCUAUUUAGGGCAGUACUGGAGGAGCAAAGUGGUCAUGUUGCAAGGCUGGGUUUGUUCAUGCCUGAACCCAGGGAGGCCAUAUUUCCCCUGUGAAGGGUAAGCAUAGUCUCCACACUCUGAGUAGAGCUUUUGCCCAGCUCUAGCUGGGAUCAGAUAAGAGAUGCAGGCAGCAGUGGUGUCCAGGGUCUCGGCUUGAGCUCCUUCCUCUCUCACCCAGUGUUUCCUCAGAAAGUCCACUCCCUAUGCCGCAUGCUCUGACUUCACUUGUGUGAGUAUCACUAAGCAUGAAACAACUUCUGUUACCAGUGAUGCUUAUGCCUGCAAUUUUCUUCUAUCUUGCUUGUACCUCUGCGUGCAACUAUGUCGUCAGUGCUGUGACAUGCUGUCAUGUAAACAAUGCGUCCUAGUGUUAGCAAGGCAGUUACUUGUCUCCAGCGAUUGCUUGUGUAUAAUACUCAAUUGUGUGUUCAAGCUGGUUGAGAAACAACGUAAAUAACGCUGAACAGUAAGUUUAUGCAAGUGCUAUUUUCAGAUGAAUGUUGUGAGGCCUCCUGGCAGCAACUGCUGUUAUUUAGAUAAUUUGUGUCUCAAGGGGGGAAGUAAAGUGCUUUUUCCUCAACAGUGGGAGCAGAGCUGUAUUUUGUUGCAAUUUGGUCACUGGCUGAAGCCUCCGACAGAGAGCCGCAGCCUUAAAGAAAAUCGCUGUGUGCUGGGGUGGUUAAAGAGCUCACUGAGGCAGAUGGUCACAGAGAAAGCAGUGUCACAGCCACAGUGCCAAAGCACUUGAGUGGUGUGAAGAGACUCAUGGCCUUGCACUGGAAGUGGCACGUCACAGAUGUCUGAAUCUGGGUGCAGAUCACCUGCAAGAGGCAGUCCCAUCCAGCAUGGGUUGUGAGCAUGGAAACCUCCAGAAGCAUCUCCUCAGUGUAUUCCUCAGGAUGCAUUUGCCUCACAGGUAUGAUCUGGAACAUUUAAAUUCCCCCAAACCUGAUAGAUACAGCCAAGAUCCUGGAGACACUUUAUGACACACAUUCAGCAUUCCGGCAGAUGUCAACCCCAAUACCAGCCCCUCACACCUGAGAGCUGUCCUUUGCUGUUCUCAUAGGGGGUUGGGAGCAACCACAUGUUUAUUUUACUGAGGACAAACUCUGAAUAAUGCUUUUUCUAUGUCAAAAAGAAGCAUAACCCAAAGUUUCCAACGCUUUAUGAUGCUAGAUCUUCUUAGUAAGAGCUAGUGUCAGCUUCAGUGCUGAUUUCUUGGCCUUCAGCACAGGGAGCUGGGCUGGGGAGCAUGCUCUCUGCCUCUUCUACGAGUGCUUAGUAGUGGGAGUUGAUGAUAAACCAAUAGUACUCAGUCACACAGUUUAUUACAAACUAGGCAAAAGGGAGGUGAGAAACUGUCAUCAUGUGAUAAGCCAGCUGAUAACAAAACCAGAUAAACUCCUCCACACAUAAAAGCAAGAAGCCCCGUUUUGGGAAAACAUUCCACAGAGGAGGAAUCUCAGUGAGUGCAAAGUCUCAGUCUCCCCAGGUUGGGACAUCAAGGGGGGUGUUAAAAGGAACGUGGCAGUUUUUUGAGAGCAUUUUUGCAGGACAUGAUGCCUGAGGAGCUGACCAGGCUGGCAGCAUGGGAUCAGAAGUGGGAAAUACCAGGAGUACAAAGGUUUUAUCAAGAAGUCACAAAAGGAGUUGCCCUAUACAGGCCCAGAAGAGGCCAUUCCACCAGCCUGUGUUCUCCACCAUAGCAAUAUGGAGUCAAAGGUAGCAACCAGCUGAAACCACAGAGCACCAGGGUCUCAACUGUUCACUACAUCGCAUUGGGGUGUGUGAUGAGGGGUCUGCCUUUAGAAGAGGUAAACAGUGCAGUGCUUAUGGCUUCCAACCUACCUCUAGACUUUCCACGAGCAUUAAAGGUGGAGGGGAAAAGCACAGUACAACACUGAAAAGCCGCCUCAGCCACCUCCUCUGUCUGCUGGGCAUGCUUUGUUAAAGGCCUUUCCAGCUCUGAUUUGCUAGCAUUGUAUGUUUGUCCAAACAGACUGUUCAGCAUCUAGGCACCAAGACCCGUGCUCAGGUGGUGUGGCCAGGGCUCCUUGUUGCUGACAGAGUUGAAUCAUUGUGUUGUCUGACUUCAUAGAUGAGUGACCAAGGGUUGGUUUUGCGCAUGGUCUAUUCAUACCCUUUGAGUGAUGACGGUGUUCAGUUUCUCAUCCCAUUCCUCCUAUGUUUGCUGGCUAUACUAAACUGGGAGGAGCUGCUGACUUUGCCAAGACUGGAGAAGCCUUGCAGAGACAUCUAGACAAAUUAGAGAGUUGGGCAGUCACCAACUGCAUGAAGUUUAACAA